AUGGCCGGUCUGGUCAUGGGCCAGGCCAUGGCCGGUCUGGUCAUGGGGGCAGGCCAUGGCCGGUCUGGUCAUGGGGGCCAGGCCAUGGCCAGUCUGGUCAUGGGGCCAGGCCAUGGCCAGUCUGGUCAUGGGGGCCAGGCCAUGGCUGGUCUGGUCAUGGGGCCAGGCCAUGGGGCCAGGCCAUGGCCGGUCUGGUCAUGGGGCAGGCCAUGGCCGGUCUGGUCAUGGGCCAGGCCAUGGCCGGUCUGGUCAUGGGGCCAGGCCAUGGCCGGUCUGGUCAUGGGGCCAGGCCAUGGCCAGUCUGGUCAUGGGGCCAGGCCAUGGCCGGUCUGGUCAUGGGGGCCAGGCCAUGGCCGGUCUGGUCAUGGGGCCAGGCCAUGGGGCCAGGCCAUGGCCGGUCUGGUCAUGGGGCCAGGCCAUGGCCAGUCUGGUCAUGGGGGCCAGGCCAUGGCCGGUCUGGUCAUGGGGCCAGGCCAUGGGGCCAGGCCAUGGCCAGUCUGGUCAUGGGGCCAGGCCAUGGCCAGUCUGGUCAUGGGGGCCAGGCCAUGGCCAGUCUGGUCAUGGGGCCAGGCCAUGGCCAGUCUGGUCAUGGGGCCAGUCCAUGGCCAGUCUGGUCAUGGGGGCCAGGCCAUGGCCAGUCUGGUCAUGGGGCCAGGCCAUGGCCAGUCUGGUCAUGGGGCCAGGCCAUGGCCAGUCUGGUCAUGGGGCCAGACCAUGGCCAGUCUGGUCAUGGGGCCAGGCCAUGGCCAGUCUGGUCAUGGGGGCCAGACCAUGGCCAGUCUGGUCAUGGGGCCAGACCAUGGCCAGUCUGGUCAUGGGGCCAGACCAUGGCCAGUCUGGUCAUGGGGCCAGACCAUGGCCAGUCUGGUCAUGGGGCCAGACCAUGGCCAGUCUGGUCAUGGGGCCAGACCAUGGCCAGUCUGGUCAUGGGGCCAGGCCAUGGCCAGUCUGGUCAUGGGGGCCAGGCCAUGGCCAGUCUGGUCAUGGGGGCCAGGCCAUGGCCAGUCUGGUCAUGGGGGCCAGGCCAUGGCCAGUCUGGUCAUGGGGGCCAGGCCAUGGCCAGUCUGGUCAUGGGGGCCAGGCCAUGGCCAGUCUGGUCAUGGGGGCCAGGCCAUGGCCAGUCUGGUCAUGGGGCCAGGCCAUGGCCAGUCUGGUCAUGGGGCCAGACCAUGGCCAGUCUGGUCAUGGGGCCAGACCAUGGCCAGUCUGGUCAUGGGGGCCAGGUCAUGGCCAGUCUGGUCAUGGGGGCCCAGGUCAUGGCCAGUCUGGUCAUGGGGGCCCAGACCAUGGCCAGUCUGGUCAUGGGGGCCCAGACCAUGGCCAGUCUGGUCAUGGGGGCCAGGUCAUGGCCAGUCUGGUCAUGGGGGCCCAGACCGUGGCCAGUCUGGUCAUGGGGGCCAGUCACCGGGACGUUUAGGGCAAGUUGGUUUUGAAUGUUUUAGGUCAGCUUUAGGGUCAGGUUAUGGACAGGGUUCACUCUGUGCUUUUUCCCAUGCUCUUAUUCUUUAUCCUCUUUGCCUUCAAGCAAUGCUCAUCACCAAUGAUCAUCACCAAGGCUCAUCACCAAGGCUCAUCACCAAUGCUCAUCACCAAGGCUCAUCACCAAUGCUCAUCACCAAGGCUCAUCACCAAUGCUCAUCACCAAGGCUCAUCACCAAGGCUCAUCACCAAGGCUCAUCACCAAGGCUCAUCACCAAUGCUCAUCACCAAUGCUCAUCACCAAGGCUCAUCACCAAGGCUCAUCACCAAGGCUCAUCACCAAUGCUCAUCACCAAGGCUCAUCACCAAGGCUCAUCACCAAUGCUCAUCACCAAUGCUCAUCACCAAGGCUCAUCACCAAUGCUCAUCACCAAGGCUCAUCACCAAGGCUCAUCACCAAGGCUCAUCACCAAUGCUCAUCACCAAGGCUCAUCACCAAUGCUCAUCACCAAGGCUCAUCACCAAGGCUCAUCACCAAUGCUCAUCACCAAGGCUCAUCACCAAGGCUCAUCACCAAUGCUCAUCACCAAUGCUCAUCACCAAGGCUCAUCACCAAUGCUCAUCACCAAGGCUCAUCACCAAUGCUCAUCACCAAGGCUCAUCACCAAGGCUCAUCACCAAUGA